AUGGUCAAUCGAUGGAACAAGGCUAUCGCUGUUGGGCUCCGGCACAACCACGACAUUUCCUUCAUUGCGACGCAGCGCAAGACCAUGGCCCUUAUGUAUUAUGUCACGAACUACGCGACGAAGGUGGAGGACCCGGACGACGGUGGAGGUGCUGUUGGCGAUGACGCCGCCAAGGAACAGGACGCGACAGUUCUUGAUGAGGUGGCGAAUCGUGUGUUCACGGAGCGUCCGCUAUCUCAGGUCGAGGUCGUCGCUCAUCUUCUUGGAUAUCCGGCCGAGUUCACCAACAGCAGCGCCUGGGCGUACCUGAACACAUCUCUGCUGUACUGGGAAGUCUUUCGACGGUGGCCGUAUCUCCGACGAGCAAGUGGCGCGGCGGCCAUAGAUGAUACUCUGGAUGAGUCGGUGCUCAGGCGGCCGGGCAAGCAUGCUACCGUCUGCCUCGAUGGCUACCUGAGCAAGGACUUCGGCCACAACGACGACGAGUCGUGCCACCGGAGGGCAGCCGUGCAGCAUCUUGCGCUAUUUGUGCCGUGGGAGUCCUUUCUGUGCGAAGAAACAGCCGAAGACGCAAAGCGCGACGCCAAGCAAUGGGCGGCCUCAUCCGGCGAUGGCGAUUCCACGGUCGCCCACGUCGAGGAGGGCGAGACAGGCGAGGCGGGCGCAGAAUUUGCAGCGACAUAUCGGUCCAACAACAUCGGAGACGCAACGCGCCUGAUCGACGUCGUCCGAGGCGCAGUGGGCACGAAUCAGGUGACGGCCAAGUCGCCGGAGCUCAUGGCAAUGAUGCGGCAGCUCUGUCGAUUCCAGCAAUCGGCGCUCUGCUCAACGGCCGAGCUCGAGGCCAUCGCGAUUCCCGAACAAGGGUUGAGGUGCAUAAGCAUGCCAGGGCGGUCCGGGAAAGCGAUCGCCGAGCUGCGUUGCGGAGGUGAUGACCGGCUUCGGGAGGACGACGUCGAAAUGACGACAGCCGACUCCGACGAGACGGCUAGCGACGCAGAAGCGGGAAUGCGCGUCAGUUUGGCCCAUCGACCUCCUUCUUCGCGGCGGGCAGGAGUUGUCAACACGGCUAACGCUGAACAAGAGGCAUUCGUCGGCGGCGAGGGGGGCACCGGCAAGUCGCGGAUCAUUGGGGCACUCGUCGAGCUGUUCAGUGGGAAGAGCCUUUCGAAUCGUCUGCUGAUCACGGCGACGUCAGGGACUGCCGCGGCGCAGAUCAACGGCAUCACGAUCCACUCCGCCUGCGGGUUCACUAAAGACCGAGGGCGGGCGGCGCGAACACAGCCAAGGACCUUGACGGGGUGCGGCUGGCAAAACGGGCGGAGCGGUUCAUCCACGGCCAGUCUCGGAUGGACUGGCAGGAGAAGGACGUGCUUGUCAUCGACGAGAAAGAUUUCGGGGAUCCCCAUCGUCCUCUUCUGCGGAGACUUUCAGCAGUUCCGGCCGGACAAGAGCGUCGAUCGUCCUGCCGAGCGCGGCCAUCUCGUGGGACGUAGACAACUCGUUCAAGGCCGAGCAGCGGCACCAGCACGACAAAGCGCACGCGCUGUGGAAGAGAUUCACGACGCGGAUCCGGCAGGGAAUCGGUGGAACCUAAACAUGGAGGCAAGCUUGGCGUUCCGGGUCCAGCAGCGGUCGACGAUGCGCAUCUUCAUCUCCGAGCACAAGUGGAAGGAGGGCCUGCCGACCGAGGAAGAAGCGAUCAUGGGGCUGAAGCUGGUGAACGGCGCCGGCUACUCGGCGGUGGAGGUCAUUGUCGACAAGGCGUCCCCAGGGCAUCGAAUCUCGUCCGACAUGACGAUCCACUUCGGGCCGCCGGCGGGAUAUUACUGGAAUCGGCGACGACAAAGGACCUCCACUUCGUCGGGAUGCCGCCGGGCACGAUCUUGUUAA